AUGACAGAGUGGGAUGCCAGAGCCAGUGCCAUACUGCGUGAGCAUGCUACCAAGGUAGCUGUCUACAGCAUAGCAGUGAGCAUGGUGUUCUGGCUUGCUUCCCGGGUCAAGAAGCAUUGCUGCGCGCAGCAACAGUCACUGCAUGCUUACAUAGUAGACAUCCAAAGGGUUUGCACCAUCAGUUGCAAUGAUGGCAAAGCUAUUCCAGUGCCUGCCACCUUGCUGCAAGAACAUGGUGGUCGCCAGUGGCUGAAGCUCAGACCCACUUCCCAACCCAUUAACCAAAUGGUGUAUGGCAAAGUGGGCAAGAAUGCUUCCUUUUCCAACCAUCCAAAGUUCCAAGACUUCAUUGCCAAGAGGAACCAAGUAUGGGCCAAAGAAGAAACAGAGGACCAAGUGUGGGAUGCUGCCAAUGAAGAUAAACCAAAGCCAUCAGCCAAGAAGAGAAAGAGGGAGGAUCCAGAAGCGGUGUCAGUUCCCCUGGCUGGAGUGGCCAUCUCUUGCUUGAUGCAAGGCCAAAGGCCAACCAAAAGUGAUGUGGUUGUGCCACUGGAAGCAAGCCAGUUGGAACCCAUUUUUGAACUUUUGCAGGAAGAUGCAGACCAACUGAAAGCCAGGAAACCUUACCAGAGAAAGGUUCAGCAGGAGCAAAAGCAACCAGAAGAAGCCAUCAAUGCCUUGCUUGCAAGCAUGCUACCUGUCAACCAGCAGGUGGACCAAAUGGUAGCUAGUUUCAAAAAAUAUGGCUUGGCUUACACAUGCACAGUCAACCCAAGUGAAAUCCUUUGCCAUCCCCACAACAGAGCCAUUGAAGUGUUGUCCUGGGUGGACAUGCGGGACAAAGGCACCAAGAUGUUGAGCAUUGGGAUGAAGAAGCAAUUCUUGGGAGAAUCCAUUGCCAUAGAGAUCAGCACUGACAGUACCACCAGAAAGGAGCAGCUGGAGGCCAACCAGAAGCUGAUCCAGGAAUCCACAGGGGCCAUGGCACCCAUGAAUGGCACAGAACGCUUUCUGAGCUUGUCCACAAGCCACACCACAGCUUUCUUGAGGGCCAUCAACCAUGGGUACCCAGUGCCUGCUCCCAAUCCAGAAGGGUCCAUGAGGACCAAAUGGACACUGGUGACCAAUAUCAAUGGAGAGAAGAUCCAGCAUAGGGUCCAUCAAGCUCCAGGCCAUGCACUCCAGAUGAUUGAGGUGGAGUACUUGGCCAAGCUCAUCCAUGGGAAGCCCAUUGAGGAGACCACUGCAUUGGUCCACCAUUGGUUCAAUUGA